AUGUUUCUUUGGAUGCCGGGAAAUGGAACAACGGAGGGCCCGGGGCUGGAUUGGACCCGCGAUCGGGUGACCCUUUUGGCAAAAGCCGGCCAGACGGCUCAGCUACGAUGGAAUAAUGGAAAUCAAUCAUACGUUGGAAAUUCCCGUCACCGCUGCUCACUACGCAUCGAUACCUGUGCGAGCUGCUUACUUCGCAUCGACUACACCCCUCCCGCCAGCUUUCUCAGCUUUUUGCAAAUAGGCCUGUACUCGUCGUGCCUAUCUUCCGAUGAUUGCCUGGAAAUGCGUUUCAUCGAAGACCGCGCCGACUGGAUGCUCGACUCACCUUAUCGCGUCCACAACGUGCUGUCAGCCCCGACAAAUUCGUAUCUCUCGACGGGGCCGUCGGCCCUAUUUCCUGUAAACAUCACCGUAAUCGAUUCAACCGAAACAAUUUUGGGGUCAGCGCGAGCGCCUGAGACGACGACCGGAUAUAUACAAAGCCCGAGAUACCCCUCCGCAUACCCGAGCACCUUGGAAAAGACGUGGCUGUUGCAGAACACGAAUCCGUCCGGCUACGUUCGCCUGAUCUUUGACGAUUUUCAGAUCCAUUUUCACAGCCAGUUAACGAUCGAAGAAUCGAAUGGCGAAUUGCUCACCGACACGCGGCAAAAUCCCCGUCGACCGGCGGCACUCGUCAGCUCGGGCCCCGCCCUGAAAAUCGUCUUCCACGCCAACGACUUCACAAAGCUGGUCGGCUUUCGAGCCCGCUACGAAUUUGUGGAGCAGCGCGAGUGGGCCGAGAAGCCAUCAGCCAUCGAUUGUGACGAUACGGUGGAGGGUUACGGCGGCCGGAUUGGGCUGGAAAAUCGUCUCCCCUCCGGGCGCACGUUUGUCGAUUGCGUUUGGGUGGUGACGAGGACGGGCCGAACGUCGUUUGAUCGUAUUUUUCUGAAGGUGACCGAGUUCUCGGUACCGGGGAUCGGGCUACAACUUGAAUUGCGUGAGGGUGCGAGCUCGAUCGGAGAGCGUCUUCUUUUCUUGAAUGGACAUCAACCUCGGGAGUUGCUAGCACAAAGACAGCCCCGUCAUGGCUAUACAACCUCAUUGAGUCAACCGGCCUUCUAUCUACGUCUACGUGGUUAUUUAGUGGAACCAAGCGGCCUCCAGAUCGAUUUCUCGCAAUUCUAUCGCUGGGCCAGCCAGGUGUGCCCGAUGACAGCCGAAUGGCACUGUGACAACAAUCGAUGCAUUAAGGCUUCCCUACGCUGCGAUGGGGUGGACAACUGUGGCGACGCCAGCGAUGAGGAAUGCGAUUUUGAGCUUGGCGGCGCUGGCGGAAGAAAUGACGAUUCGCACAACAUGUUCCUCUUUGCCGCGUCGGCUUGCGCAUUGCUGAUUUUGUUGUUGGUGGGCACCGGAUUCGCAUCGCGCGUCUUCCGGCAACGUCUCCGGCCACGACAGCAGCAGAGCGUGGCCACCAUCGCUUCCGCCGAUUCAGUAAUUUCAGCCGAUUCAUCGAACAGCUCAUCCAUGGCCCCUGUGAUGGCCGUUGUCGGGCAACGCCGUUUCUACGUUGCUCCACUCGGGGAAUUGACCGUUGUAGAAGCUCCACCCACGUAUGACGAUGCCCUCAAACAUCCACAGGUACCUACCGGCAAUUACCCGCGACCGCCAAAUGCCUAUACAAAUCAAGCUUUUCUCGAGUCGGAGGAGAUUCCCGGCACAUCCGCCUCUGCUGCCAACGAUUCUCAAGAUGUGGUAGAAGCAGAAGAUCAGGCUGGACCCUCAAAGCCAGAAAUUGGGGAAGACGAAAGAUCGAUAGCCUCGUCGUUGAAGGCGAGUUUAGCGGAAGAGCCACAAAGCAACAGUGCGGCCCCGAGCAAAGAAGCAGAAGAUGCUGAUGAAGAAGAGGGUUCAUGGGUG